AGAUACCCCAGAGAGAUGUCCCCGUCCUCUGUAUUCCCAGGAUUGUACAGAGGAGAAUCACAGGACCCCACAGGAGGAUCAGGUAGAACGUCUGUCUGAUAUUAAAACAGAAGAUAUAGAGGGAGAAGAAGAGACGUAUGUGACUGAUAUAAAGGCAGAAGAUAUAGAGGGAGAAGAAGAGACGUAUGUGACUGAUAUAAAGACAGAAGAUAUAGAGGGAGAAGAAGAGACGUAUGUGACUGAUAUAAAGGCAGAAGAUAUAGAGGGAGAAGAAGAAAUGUAUGUGACUGCUAUAAAGGCAGAAGAUACAGAGGUAGAAGAAGAGACGUAUGUGAAUGAUAUAAAGGCAGAAGAUAUAGAGGGAGAAGAAGAGACGUAUGUGACUGAUAUAAAGGCAGAAGAUAUAGAGGGAGAAGAAGAGACGUAUGUGACUGAUAUGAAGGCAGAAGAUAUAGAGGGAGAAGAAGAGACGUAUGUGACUGAUAUAAAGACAGAAGAUAUAGAGGGAGAAGAAGAGACGUAUGUGACUGAUAUGAAGGCAGAAGAUAAAGAGGGAGAAGAAGAGACGUAUGUGAGGGAUGAUCAGCAGUGUAAGGAGGAGGAGAUCCCUACAGAUAUCAGCACAGAUGGACACACAAGCAGGAAUAUCUCAGAAGGACAUCUAAUGUUAUCCCCGGAUUGUGACAUAAAAGAUAAUGACAGUAGACAGGAUUCUCCAGGAGAUAACCCCAUUACCCCAAUUAUACAUCCAGCUCUAUCAGCUGAUCCCUCUGAUCCUGGGAAAUGUUCUCCUGAUCACUCUGAUAUUGGUGCAUCUGUUACAGCUCUGACAGUAGAUACAGUGUUUCCCUGUUCUAUAGAUGCCAAAUGUUUUACACAGAACACAAAGCUUAUUACCCAUCAGGCAGCUAAGGCAGGUGAGAGGCCACUGAUAUGUUCUGAGUGUGGGAAAUGUUUUACCUGCAAAUCACAACUUGUUUCACAUCAGUGCAGUCACAAAGGUCAGAAGCCAUUUCCAUGUUCUGAGUGUGGGAAAUGUUUUACAGAGAAAUCACAUCUUGUUACACAUCAGAGACGUCACACAGGUGAGAACCUAUUACCAUGUUCUGAGUGUGGGAAAUGUUUUACACUGAAAUCACAUCUUGUUACACAUCAGCGAAAUCACACUGGUGAAAAGCCAUUUCCAUGUUCUGAGUGCGGGAAAUGUUUCACACGGAAAUCACAACUUAUUAAACAUCAGCGAAGUCACACAGGUGAGACUCCAUUUCCAUGUUCUGAGUGUGGGAAAUGUUUUACAUACAAAUCAACUCUUGAUGCACAUAAGAGAAUACAUACAGGUGAGAAACCAUAUUCCUGUUCUGAGUGUGGGAAAUGUUUUACAUACAAAUCAACUCUUGAUGCACAUAAGAGAAGUCACACAGGUACAUCACCAUUUCCAUGUUCUGAGUGUGGGAAAUAUUUUGCACAGAAAUCACAACUUGCUAGACAUCAAAGAAUUCACACAGGUGAGAGGCCAUUUCCAUGUUCUGACUGUGGAAAAUGUUUUGCACAGAAAUCACAUCUUUUUGCACAUCAGCAAAGUCACACAGCUGAGAAGCCAUUUCCAUGUCAUGAGUGUGGGAAAUGUUUUACACACAAAUCAGAUCUGGUUAGUCAUAACAAAAGUCACACAGGUGAGAAGGCAUUUUCUUGCUCUGAGUGUGGGAAAUGUUUUGCCCAGAAAUCAGAACUUGUUAGACAUCAGCGAAGUCACACAGGUGAGAGGCCAUUUCCAUGUCCUGAGUGUGGGAAAUGUUUUGCACACAAAUCAGGUCUUGUUAGUCAUAACAGAAGUCACACGGGUGAGAAUCCAAUUUCUUGCACUGAGUCUGGGAAAUGUUUUACACGGAAAUCACAACUUGUUAAACAUCAGAGAAGUCACACAGGUGAGAAGCCAUUUCCAUGCUCUGAGUGUGGGAAAGGUUUUGCACACAAAUCAGCUCUUGUUAUACAUCACAGAAGUCACACAGGUGAGAAGCCAUUUCCAUGUUCUGAGUGUGAGAAAUGUUUUGCACACAAAUCAGAUCUUGUUAAACAUCACAGAAGUCACACAGGUGAGAAGCCAUUUUUUUGCUCUGAGUGUGGGAAAUGUUUUACACAGAAAUCACAUCUUGUUAGACAUCAGCAAAGUCACACAGGUGAGAGGCCAUUUCCAUGUCCUGAGUGUGGGAAAUGUUUUGCACACAAAUCAGGUCUUGUUAGUCAUAACAGAAGUCACACGGGUGAGAAUCCCAAUUUCUUGCACUGAGUCUGGGAAAUGUUUUACACGGAAAUCACAACUUGUUAAACAUCAGAGAAGUCACACAGGUGAGAAGCCAUUUCCAU